CCUACAGAACUGCACACGCAAGAGCUAAAGCUGACGCUGCGGAUCAGGCCGCUCAGGCAGCUCGCCAGGAAUGUGAUAUCGCCAGAGCAGUUGCCAGAGAACUUUCACCAAAUUUCUACCAACCAGGCCCUGAUUAUAUCAAGCAAAAAUUUCAAGAAGGAAUGGAGGUGAAAGACAAAUCCGAAGAAAAAGUCCAGGAGCAGCCACCUACCCCAAAAGAGUCACCUCACUUCUAUCGGAAAGGCACUACACCCCCCCGAAGCCCAGAAGCAAGUCCAAGGCAUAGUCCUCCCCUUUCUUCUGAGCCUUCUCCUUCGAAACAACUCAAAAAGCAAAGCUCCGCUUCUGGGGCGAGACUCAGUCAAGAAAAAAAGCUUUUGGCCGCAGGGAAUAUAACGCCCACCGUUAACAAGCCUUUAUAUUCGAAAGCCCCGGGGAAGGAGGAGGUAGCUGUGAAACACCAGGCCAAGUUUUCCGCCCAUCACAACCCCGUCAGCGCGGAGAACGGGGAGCUGCACGAUCACUACCACGGCUACUACGUGAAAAUGAACCCGGCGGUGCACCCGCCGGAGCUCAGGGAAGAAGAUGAGUACUCCAACCCCUCACCGUCAGCCCUCGCCCGCAUCCCACCUUCCCAGAAGCCAAGUCCCGCCAGAUCCGGGGGGAAGCCCGAUGCCAAAGAAAACAAACCCGACACAAAAAUCAAGAAACUAGAAGUUGCUGCACCAAAGAACCCGGCUAAGAACGAGUCGCAUUCAGCGGUGGAAAAAGAAGUGGAAAACGGCUCGGGCCCUAACUCAGUCAUGAUCGCCCUGGUGAUGCUGUUGAAUAUUGGUUUAGCCAUUCUUUUUGUCCAUUUUCUGACUUGACGGGAAUGAGGAAAGGUAAGAAAGGUCUUGUUUUCCUCUAAGAACAUCACCGUACCCACCCCGCCUCAAAUGCUGUAAUUUCUUUUGCAUACUUUUAACGCUCCCUACUUUAAUUUUAGCUAUGCCUGAAUGUGAUUCAACAUAGUUAUUUAAUAAUGUAACUGUUUUGACCCUUCAGUGAAGUCAUGACAACUAGUGGUAUCAGCCUUUUAAUUGGCACCUCUCAGACUCAGACACAGGGAAGGAGGCUUGGAAUUAGGAUGGGACGCGAGAAAAUGAGAGAUUGAGAGAGAGAGAGAUGAUGAUGAUGAUGAUGAUGAUGAUGAAACUUGGAAAAUUCAGCCAGGGGCUGGGCAUCGGUUUCUCUGCCGAGCGGCUCCUGGCUUCGGGGGUGCUCUGAAAGCCGAAACGAGCUGGAAAACGACCCAAAUAAAUCUGCUGAAGCAAGCCCCGCCGGCGGAGCGCCCUUGGCUUCUCCCAUCUGUUCCAGCAGAGUGUGACUAAAGUGGCAAUGUUCGGAGCUGCACUUUUGGGGUUGAUGGAAGCCAACAGCUGCCUUACUAUUUUCCCGUCUGAUGUUUUUAGCGGGGGAGACGGGCGAGCGGCCGCCGGGGGAAUGUGUGGUCGGAGGAUUCUGUUGCUGUGGAAGCCAGUCCAGCCUUCGCUCCGGUCUCGGUAGAAGAAAUAGUUAGCAGCAUCAGUCACCACUCUUAUAUCCAUUACCUGCUGCUUUUAACGUCUCCUGCAGCCUUGCAAGGGGGGGGGAGGUUGAGUUUCUUUUUGCCUGUGGGUGAUGCUGUCCAUGGGGUUGGUGGUGAGGUUCCAUCUACAGCCCUAAGGCAGCCUCCAGCCCGGAGCGAGCUGCCCCUUCUGCCCACCAGCAGCAGCAGCAGAAGUCGCAAUCUCUUUUCCUAAUCCGAAGAUAAAAAUCCUCAAAUUCAUUCUCCUAAACCCAAAGAGCCGUUUUGCUGCCAGGUUUAGCAAGUCGUAAACCAGGACUGCAAAAUCUUACGGUGUUGGUACCUUCCCGAAAGUGCUCAAAGGCAAAACGUCUCGUAAUAAAAGAAUAAGGAUCUGAAGUUGGUCUCAUCAGCACGUUCUGAACCGGAGGUGGAAUAUCAGAAUAAGCCAAGAAAGAUGAGAUAACAGGGAAUGCAUGUUGACUUUUUUUUUUUGUCUUCUUCUUCUUCUUCUUUUUUUUUUUUUUUUUUGGAAUUCUGGUGCUGUGGUAAUUGGUGAUUUGAAUUAUUGUGUUUCAACACGGAGGUGUUCUGCCAGCGGUUAAAAUAAAGUCUUGUCUGAGUGCACAUAUAGCACCAGUGGCCGUGGAGCCAGCUAGUGCUCAGAAUAAAUGAGCAGAAUUUUAAAAUACUAGAUUUGUGUUGAAUACAUUCAGGUAGAGCCUUUAGAAAUGUUAAGUGAUUGUUUAUCGAUUUGAUGCCUUCAGUGUCUUUUAAAGUCCGUUUAUAAUUUUUACCUCAGCAUUUAAAAAGCCUCCAAUUUAUUUUUUCUUUUUUCAUUUGCAAAGUUUGUCUUAAGUAUUUUCACAGCCCUUUGUUCAAACGAUGUGAUCAUGUUUCUUUUUAUGUGCCAUUAUGCUGUAAUUAUUGUACCCUCUAUUAAUCAAAAGCAUGCUUUUUUUACUGAAAAGUAGGUGGUGUGAUCAUUUGGCAAGUAAAUAUUUUCAUUUAAAGCUAAAAAAAAAAAGCUAAAAAAAAAAAAGCAAAGGGCUCGUAUUAGGGUUUCUUUUCUCUCUAGCAGAAAAAAAAAAAUCUUUCAUACGCUCUAGGUUUUUGAACCUGUUUGUAAACUUUCUCAGUGUUUGCAUGGUUUCUUGGGCGAGGUUCUUAGGAAGCACAUGAGUUAUCUUUUUUUGAGGCAGCGCAUUAAAGGCGUUGAGGUGUGGGCUGAGCGUUGUGCGGCGCCGCAGCUCCCAGCAGGGCACUAACACCCGGCUGUUUUUUCCAGAAGUAUGUUGAGAAUCCUGUGUUUUGACCAGUUGUGGAUAAAGAAGAAAGCAGAAAAAAGAGAGCAAAUGAAAAUAAAAAGCUUGUCUAUUUAUUUUUUAAAAAGAAAAUUAACCAAACAAAAAAAAAAAGAAAAAAAAAAAAAAUGAAAAAAGUUUCAAACGUGUUUUAAAUUUAGGAAAGUCAUUUUUAAAUAAGAACAAAGUUUUCAAAGUUCCUGCCUAAGCCUUGACAUAAUGGAGGAAAUGUUCCAUCCAAGAGUGAAAUGGCCCCCCGUCUCCUCACGCGGAGAGGUAAUUUUGUAACUGACGUAUUUAAUUCCUAGUAAAUGUUUAUUUAAAAUACUUUAUGCUCUGGAAAUAAUGGGUAACAAAGCUUAUGAAAAUGUUUAUAAAUUUAAGUAAGCAUGUUAGUACCAUUUAUAAAUAUGUAUGAUUUAUAAGCUUUUUUAAAAACAAAGCUCAAACAAAUUGUUGGUAUUUUUCUAAAAUGUGCACAGCUGUAUUUUACAUGAAAGGCUAUUUAUAAUUGGUUGUUAUACUGUACACUACAUUUUGGACAGCACAAGGAAGCCUGCCAAUGUACUUAAUAAUGUCAUUUUGUCUAUUUAAAGUUUCUUGCUGUCAAAGAAUGAACUCUUUAUCUAUGAGUUUCUCUAUUUAUAAUUCUUGACCCAAAAUGUACAAUGUACAGUUUUCACAACUGUAUUUGCUCUUAAUAAAAAAUAAGUUGGUUAUUAA